AGUGAGGUCGACGAUAAUGAUGAUUUUGACUGGGACGCUGUUAGUGAUUCACCAAUCAAGUGCUUCCAGUUUACAGAAAAUUGUACCAGUGGCGUAGACUUCCAGAAUCAGUUUGAACACCUCAAAAGGGAGAAGAGCGGCAGGAGGCGGGGAAAUCAAGAGCGACAUAGAGGGUCGGAUACCCGUAGGGGUUAUGGACAGUACGAUAACCGUGGGGAGUACGGAAGUUCCGGUGGAGGUUCUAAUAAAAAGGGACAUUAUAGAGGAUCGUAUAAUAAAGUUUACGGACGUGGCCGUAGAAAAAAAUAUAGUGGGAAGUCAAGGGGAUACCGCGGCGGUAAAAAAUAA